CCAUGGGCGCAGGCACAGGUGUGCGGGGCCACAGCCCGGCCUUUUGCAGCCGGCGACCGCCCCCCCUUCCCCGCGGGCUUUUGCACACGACGCGCCGACGGCCGCUUCACACGGGUUGGCGAGGGCCGGAUAAAGCCGGCGGCCGCGGGGCGCAGCGGCUGACCCGAGACACGGGAGCGCUUGGCACGCGGAGCCAGAGCCGGAGCUGCAGCCGCAGCGGGAGCCGGGGGUGCUCAGGGGCCGCAGGAGCCGGGCCGGAGUGAGCGCACCUCGCGGGGCCCUCCGGGCAGGUGGGUGAGCGCCACCCGGAGUCCCGCGCGCAACUUUCAGGGCGCACUCGGCGGGGCGGCUGCGCGGCUGCCGGGAUUCGGCGCGGGACUGCAUGGAGGCCAAGGAGAAGCAGCAUCUGUUGGACGCCAGGCCGGCAAUCCGGUCAUACACGGGAUCUCUGUGGCAGGAAGGGGCUGGCUGGAUCCCUCUGCCCCGACCCGGCCUGGACUUGCAGGCCAUUGAGCUGGCUGCCCAGAGCAACCAUCACUGCCAUGCUCAGAAGGGUCCUGACAGUCACUGUGACCCCAAGAAGGGGAAGGCCCAGCGCCAGCUGUAUGUAGCCUCUGCCAUCUGCCUGUUGUUCAUGAUCGGAGAAGUCGUUGGUGGGUACCUGGCACACAGCUUGGCUGUCAUGACUGACGCAGCGCACCUGCUCACUGACUUUGCCAGCAUGCUCAUCAGCCUCUUCUCCCUCUGGAUGUCCUCCCGGCCAGCCACCAAGACCAUGAACUUUGGCUGGCAGAGAGCUGAGAUCUUGGGAGCCCUGGUCUCUGUACUGUCCAUCUGGGUCGUGACUGGGGUACUGGUGUACCUGGCUGUGGAGCGGCUGAUCUCUGGGGACUAUGAAAUUGACGGGGGGACCAUGCUGAUCACGUCGGGCUGCGCUGUGGCUGUGAACAUCACAAUGGGGUUGACCCUUCACCAGUCUGGCCAUGGGCACAGCCACGGCACCACCAACCAGCAGGAGGAGAACCCCAGUGUCCGAGCUGCCUUCAUCCAUGUGAUCGGCGACUUUAUGCAGAGCAUGGGUGUCCUAGUGGCAGCCUAUAUUUUAUACUUCAAGCCAGAAUACAAGUAUGUAGACCCCAUCUGCACCUUCGUCUUCUCCAUCCUGGUCCUGGGGACAACCUUGACCAUCCUGAGAGAUGUGAUCCUGGUGUUGAUGGAAGGGACCCCCAAGGGCGUUGACUUCACAGCUGUUCGUGAUCUGCUGCUGUCGGUGGAGGGGGUAGAAGCCCUGCACAGCCUGCAUAUCUGGGCACUGACGGUGGCCCAGCCUGUUCUGUCUGUCCACAUCGCCAUUGCUCAGAAUACAGACGCCCAGGCUGUGCUGAAGACAGCCAGCAGCCGCCUCCAAGGGAAGUUCCACUUCCACACCGUGACCAUCCAGAUCGAGGACUACUCGGAGGACAUGAAGGACUGUCAGGCAUGCCAGGGCCCCUCAGACUGACUGCUCACCCAGGCACCAACUGGGGCAUGAACAGGACCUGCAGGUGGCUGGACUGAGUGUCCCCCAGGCCCAGCCAGGACUUUGCCUACCCCAGCUGUGUUAUAAACCAGGUCCCCCUCCUGACCUCUGCCCCACUCCAGGAAUGGAGCUCUUCCCAGCCUCCCAUCUGACUACAGCCAGCGCCAGGGUGGGGACUCAGCGGGUAUAAAGCUAGUGUGACCCUGCUCUUCCAGCUCCUGGGCCAGCUCUGGAAGGGCUGUAUUUGGGCCUAAUCCUCAGCAAAUGUUCUACCACUCGCAGGGGCAAAGGCGGUGAGCCACGGGACGUCCAAGGGGAGGCUGGCCCCAGCGCGCCCAUACUGCCUGCCUCAUGCCCCAUUCUCAGCCUGGCUGGCCUUUGCCUUUAUGAAUCUGAGCCCCUCCGUCUGCCUAUAGCAAUAGGCACGGGGGUGAGGACCCUCACACUCUCAUUUGAGCAUCCCUGAGGCAGGGAGCCAGGAGGCACCUGAGGCCUAUCUGUGCCUUAGUCACUUCAGCUGUGAGCCAAAUGUUCCCUUUCCUGGAGGGGAGAGGCUUCUUACUAGGUAAGAGACAGGUUUCCUCUUUCCUUAUUUCCUCAGCUGUGCCAACACAAAAAACAACUUUGGCACAGGUGGUGGGCAAGGGGUAGAGAGAUUUCAGCUUGGGUUCUGUGCUAACAGUCUCCAAGCCCCCUGGCACUUCUGUUGCCCUGAGAGUGUCCCAGGGGAUUCAGAGUCUCCAGAAAGAUAUGGCUGGGCCAGCUCUGUUGCCUACCUGGCCUGACCCAGUCGGAGCCUGGCAUGGUGGAGGGAAAGGGAGACAAGUGGGGCUGCACUUGGUCCAGAGGCCAGCUAGGAGGGAAACCGCGGCUUCCUGGGGCUUGUGUGUGAAGAUUCCUGACUUAGGGGUGGCUUGUGUUUACAAGAUGCAAGAGGGGAAACCUGUCCCCGACUCAUCGAGACAACAUGCCCAGUUAUCAGGGAGUCCUGUGUCACAAGGUCUGUCUCUGCCAUUGCAAGCAAGUGCCUUGGGCGAGUUGGCCUCUGCCCCGCAGUCUCAUCUGUACACCGACAGGGUUGAUGCCUCCCUCACAGGGUUGAGAACAAGAGCCAGUUGGCCAAGUA